AUGCCGGCCGCGGCGCCCGUGAAGAAGGCGGACCCGCUGCCGGCGAAGAAGGACGGCCCCGUCCUGACGCCGGCGUCCGCGUCGCCCGUGAAGAAGGCGGCGGCGGUCAUGCCCGUCGUCACGGCGCCGCCGAAGCCGCUCCUCGUCCGCGACGACGCCGCCGCCGAGGCCGCCGCCGCCGAGGCCGCGAAGCAGGCGGCGGAGGCCGUCGAGAAGUUCGACGAGCCCCUCGAGGUCACGAGGAAAACGACGAAGAAGGCCGUCAAGGUCGCCGCCAUCGCCGUCGGCGCCGCGGCCUUCGGCAUCCUCCUCAACCUCGUCGGACUGCCCUCGCGCAGCAUCUUCUAG